AUGUCGCCGUCAUCAAUAACAAGCUUCCCCGCCGAGGCGGUCCCUCAGGCCCCCGAGGAUCCCCUCUUCGGGUUGAUGAGGGCUUACAAGGCUGAUUCAAGCCCGGACAAGGUUGAUCUGGGAAUCGGCGCGUACCGUGAUGAUACCGCAAAACCCUGGGUUCUUCCCGUGGUCAAGAAGGCCGAUGAGAUCUUGCGCAACGACCCAGAAGCCAACCACGAAUACCUCCCAAUCGCUGGCCUCGCGGCGCUGACCAGCAAAGCCGCCGAGCUGCUGCUUGGGAAAUCCGCGCCCGCCAUCACUGAGAAGCGCUCGGCCUCUGUCCAGACUAUUUCCGGGACUGGCGCUGUGCACCUGGGAGCUCUCUUCCUGGCGAGGUUCUACAAGACCCAAGGCGUCAACCGCACCGUCUACGUCAGCAACCCGACAUGGGCGAACCACCACCAAAUAUUCACCAAUGUCGGCCUGCCGAUUGCCACCUACCCCUACUUCAGCAAGGAGACCAAGGGCCUGGACUUCGAGGGGAUGAAGUCGACGCUUGAGCAAGCCCCGGAUGGCAGCAUCGUCCUCUUGCACGCCUGCGCACACAACCCCACGGGCGUCGACCCGACCCCAGAGCAGUGGCGUGAGCUCGCCGCCCUGCUGAAGGCCAAGAAGCACUUCCCUUUCUUCGACACGGCCUACCAGGGCUUCGCCUCGGGCGACCUUGACCGGGACGCCGGCGCCAUCCGGCUCUUUGUCGAGCAGGGUUUCGAGCUGGUCAUCGCUCAGUCCUUCGCCAAGAACUUCGGUCUCUACGGCCAGCGCGCCGGCUGCUUCCACUACGUAGCUUCGCCGGCGGCCGACGCCGCCGAGACCACGACGCGCGUGGCCUCGCAGCUGGCCAUCCUGCAGCGCUCCGAGAUCAGCAACCCGCCCAUCUACGGCGCCCGCAUCGCCUCCAUCGUCCUGAACGACCCCGCGCUGUUCGCCGAGUGGCAGGAGAACCUCCGCACCAUGUCGGGCCGCAUCAUCGACAUGCGCAAGAAGCUCCGGGCCAAGCUCGAGGAGCUCCAGACCCCCGGCCAAUGGAACCACAUCACGGACCAGAUCGGCAUGUUCAGCUUCACAGGCCUGAGCGAGCCCCAGGUCCUCAAGCUGCGGUCUGACUACCACAUCUACAUGACCAAGAACGGGCGGAUCAGCAUGGCGGGUCUGAAUUCGAGGAAUGUGGACUACGUCGCCGCGGCUGUGGACAAGGUGGUUCGGGAAGUGCAAUAG